GCAGCCUUCGCGCGCGGCCUGGCGCUCCGCUCCGCGAGAUGGCGGCGGACAGUGAGCCCGAGUCCGAGGUGUUUGAGAUCACGGACUUCACCACGGCUUCGGAGUGGGAGAGGUUUAUUUCCAAAGUUGAAGAAAUCUUGAAUGACUGGAAACUGAUUGGAAACACUCUGGGAAAGCCACUUGAAAAGGGUAUAUUUACUUCUGGCACAUGGGAAGAGAGAUCAGAUGAAAUUUCCUUUGCUGACUUCAAGUUUUCAGUUACUCAUCACUAUCUUGUACAAGAGUCUACUGAUAAAGAAGGAAAGGAUGAAGAAUCAGAGGAUGCUAUUCCACAGUCAAUGCAAGAUUUGCUGUGUAUGAACAAUGACUUUCCUCCAAGAGCACAUUGCCUAGUAAGAUGGUACGGCCUGCGUGAGUUUGUGGUGAUUGCUCCUGCUGCACAGAGUGAUGCAGUUCUCAGUGAAUCCAAGUGCAACCUCCUCCUCAGCUCCAUUUCGAUUGCCUUGGGAAACACCGGCUGCCAGGUACCAUUGUUUGUACAAAUUCAUCACAGAUGGCGAAGGAUGUACAUGGGAGAAUGUCAAGGUCCUGGUGUUCGAACUGACUUUGAAAUGGUUCAUCUGCGUAAAGUGCCAAGUCAGUACACUCAUUUGUCAGGACUGCUGGACAUCUUCAAAUCAAAGAUUGGCUGCCCUUUAACUCCAUUGCCUCCAGUUAGCAUCGCUAUUCGACUCACAUUUGUGCUUCAGGAUUGGCAACAGUACCUCUGGCCCCAGCAGCCUCCAGAUAUAGAUGCCCUUGUGGGAGGAGAAGUUGGAGGCCUGGAGUUCGGCAAGUUGCCGUUUGGUGCCUGUGAAGAUCCUAUCAGUGAACUCCAUUUAGCAACAACAUGGCCUCAUCUGACAGAAGGGAUCAUUGUGGACAAUGAUGUUUAUUCUGAUUUGGAUCCUGUUCAAGCUCCCCACUGGUCUGUUAGAGUUCGAAAAGCUGAUAAUCCUCAGUGUUUACUAGGUGAUUUUGUCACUGAGUUUUUAAAAAUUUGCCGUCGAAAGGAAUCAACUGAUGAGAUUCUUGGUCGAUCUACAUUUGAGGAAGAAGGAAGAGAGGUUGCUGAUAUAACUCAUGCCCUGUCAAAGCUGACGGAACCAGCACCAGUUCCAAUUCAUAAAUUAUCAGUUUCAAAUAUGGUACAUACUGCAAAGAAGAAAAUACGAAAGCACAGAGGAGAGGAGUCACCACUGAACAACGACGUUCUCAAUACUAUUCUCUUGUUUUUGUUCCCAGAUGCUGCUUCUGAGAAGCCAUCCGAUGCAAAUACUUCAAUAGACAGUAGCAACCCUCCACCAGAGGGUGAAGACUAUACUCUCUACAAUCAGUUCAAAUCUGCGCCCUCUGACAGUUUAACAUACAAACUGGCCUUGUGUCUUUGUAUGAUUAAUUUCUACCAUGGAGGGCUGAAAGGAGUGGCACAUCUCUGGCAGGAAUUUGUACUUGAGAUGCGCUUCAGAUGGGAAAACAACUUUCUGAUUCCAGGACUAACAAGUGGACCACCAGAUCUAAGAUGUUGUUUACUACAUCAGAAACUACAGAUGUUAAAUUGUUGUAUUGAAAGGAAGAAAGCACGUGAUGAGGGGAAAAAGACGAGCCCUUCAGAUAAUGUAACUAAUGCAUAUCCAGGGGAUGCAGGGAAAGCUGGAGGCCAGCUAGGCCUGGACCACCUCAGAGAUUCAGAGAAGGAAAAGGGAGAAAUGGGGAAAUCCUGGGAUUCCUGGAGUGAUAGUGAAGAAGAAUUCUUUGAAUGCCUCAGUGAUACUGAAGAUCUUAAAGGAAAUGGACAGGAGAGUGGCAAGAAAGGAGGCCCCAAGGAGACGGCAAACUUAAAGCCAGAAGGCCGGCUGCACCAGCACGGGAAACUCACAUUGCUGCAUAAUGGAGAGCCUCUGUACAUUCCGGUGACCCAGGAACCAGCACCCAUGACUGAAGAUCUGCUGGAAGAGCAGUCUGAGGUCUUAGCUAAAUUAGGGACGUCUGCUGAGGGGGCACACCUCCGUGCACGGAUGCAGAGUGCCUGUCUGCUUUCCGAUAUGGAGUCUUUUAAGGCAGCUAAUCCAGGCUGUCUCCUGGAAGAUUUUGUGAGGUGGUACUCACCACGGGACUACAUUGAAGAGGAGGUGACUGAUGAGAAGGGCAAUGUGGUUCUGAAGGGAGAGCUGAGUGCCCGCAUGAAGAUCCCCAGCAACAUGUGGGUGGAGGCUUGGGAAACUGCUAAGCCCAUUCCAGCAAGACGCCAGAGGAGACUGUUUGAUGACACCCGAGAGGCUGAAAAGGUGCUGCAUUACCUGGCGAUGCAGAAACCUGCAGAUCUAGCUCGACACUUGCUGCCUUGUGUGAUUCACGCAGCCGUUCUCAAGGUAAAGGACGAAGAAAUUCUAGAAAACAUUCCUUCGGUAAAGAAGAUUAUAAAGCAGAUUAUAGCCCAUUCCAGCAAAGUUCUGCACUUCCCCAAUGCCGAAGACAAGAAGUUGGAAGAAAUCAUCCUUCAGAUUACUAAUGUGGAAGCUAUCAUAGCCCGAGCCCGCUCCCUCAAGGCCAAAUUUGGAACUGAGAAAUGUGAGCAAGAGGACGAAAAGGAAGAUCUUGAAAGGUUUGUCAGCUGCCUGCUGGAGCACCCUGAAGUGUCCGUCACUGGGGCUGGAAGAGGACAUGCAGGCCGGGUCAUCCACAAGCUGUUUGUGAAUGCUCAGCGGCUGACUGAGUCUUCUGAUGAGGCUGCUGCAGUGGCCCUACCAGAGGAGGAGCUGAAGAGGUCGGGCUACCCAGAGGAGAGGAGACAGAGCUCGGCAUCCGACUUCCCGCCUCCUGUAGGUCGGGAGCUCAUCCUGAGGGCCACUGUGCCUCGGCCUGCGCCCUACUCGAAAGCCCUGCCACAGCGCAUGUACAGUGUGCUCACCAAGGAGGACUUCAGACUUGCAGGGGCCUUUUCCUCAGACACCUCCUUCUUCUAGUGGGACGGGGAAGAGAAGAGGCAUCUCCUGCCAUGGACACCUGAGGGCUACCAAGAGGACCUCAUCCAGCCAGCAGCAGGAGUCACACCAGCACCCAACUUGAGCCAGAGGGACAGAGAGGAGAUAUCAGAGACCUAGGGAGAUGGCCUGUGUGG